ACACAAUCGAACGACGUUGGCUGGAUGACGCCUCCCGACGCAAUCAACGAAGCACAACCGAAUUGCCGCCAUGGCCCAAGUGAACGAUGCGCUGGUCAAGGCCAUCACGGAAGGCGACACGCUCCAAGUCCUCCUCACCGAACUGUCGGGGGAAUGCAACAUGAACGGCUUGUACGUGUUCCAGGACAAGCGCAAGCGAGACUGGAAGGCGACGCCGUUGAUUGCUGCGUCGGCGUUGGGACACACGGAGCUCGUCCAGGGGUUUUUGGACCGCGCCGACAUUGACGUGAAUGGCGUGGAUGAGGUGCGGCUCCACGCAGCAGACGAGCGAACAUGACCACACACGCGCGUGGGUCCCAUUCUAGAACGAAAACACGGCGUUUAUUGUGGCGGCGGAGCAAGGCCAGUUGGCCGUCGUGCGUCAAUUCGUCGCGUCCGGCAAGAUCGACGUCAACUUUCGAGGCGAAGUCCGUUGUCCUUCGCAACCUCUCUCGGCGCAGUCUCUCAGCUGAACGUUGUCGAUCUAGUACAAGGAAACGGCGCUGUACAAAGCUGCAGAAAAGGGCCAAGUCGCCGUUGUCCGGGAGCUGCUCCAAGUGCCAACCAUCGACGUCAACUUGCCGAGCGACGUACGUUGACGCAGGACGCUGCGGUCUCGCUGGACCGACCGCUCGAAUCACGUGCCCAAGCGAUGGCAUUCGAUGUCUGUUGUCAUGAUCGGCACGGUAGGGAGAUGUCACGCCGUUCGUCGUCGCUUGCGAGAGCGGACACGUGAACACGAUGAAGCUGUUUUUGGACCGCCCCGAAGUCGAUGACAAGGUGCAUUCGGCGCGAUGCGAUCGAGCAUUGUGUCCUGCGAGCCAGCGCCGCUCUGAUUUCAUCGAGUGGAGCUGAGCGACGGCAUCAUGCUUGGUAGAUCCGCCAUCCCGCCCUUCUCGCCGCGUGCCAGUCGGGAAAGACCAAAGUCGUCGCGGCGCUCCUUGAACGGGAUGACAUGGACGUCAACUUUAAAGACAAGUAUGGCGACACGCCGCUCAUUGCGGCCGCCGAAGACGGCAACAUCGAGAACGUCGCGCUGCUGCUGGCCAACCCGGCCACGCAGGUCAACGCCCAAGGCGCGCGCCAGCAAACAGCACUGGCGAAAGCGGCGCAGUACGACAACUUGGACGUCAUCCGCAUGCUGUUGGAGCAUGGCGCCGACACGUCCAUCCUCGACAAGAACGGCAACUCGUGCCUCGAGUUGGCCCUACAGGACGAACAGUACCAAGUGGCGGUCGUCCUUGUUGCGAGCGGGAUGACUGUGCGCAACAUCCAUUUCAAGGACAAGCUCAUUCUCGAAUGGGUGGCGCCCUUUUUGACGCACGACGUGGCGUUGCGUCUGCUGCAGUUGGAUUUCCCCGUCGAGAAGAGCGAGUCUGGUGUAGUGUCGGCGCGCGACAACCAUUCGUUUUCGUGGACAACGUUCCUGGACUCGCAUGUGCCCGUCGACCCCGCCGUGCGUGUGUCGGUUGUGUCGACGAUGCUCCGCGCCGGCGACGACGAAUGGAUUCGAGAGCUCGCGACGGCCAAAGACCAACACGGCCGCGAAGCGCUGCAGACCACCGACGCCGCGACCCGCGACUUUUUGAACGGCUUACGCUUCUUCUGUGGUCGGUACGAGAUUUUCGACGGCCCGGCGAUCCACGUGAGCUCGACGGCGGUCGUGGUGCACGCGUACGACCACGGCGUGUUCCAGCAAGUGUUUGACAUGCAUGCCAACGCCGACGGCGAGCUGGACAAGGCUGGCUUUAUCGCAUGUGGCCGAGUCCUGGGCCAGCAGCCCAGCGCUGCCGACAUCAAAAAGCAAGUCGGGUCGGCGCACGAAUUUGACCUCUGGGACAAGGACCAGAGCGGCCACUUGUCCGCGACCGAGUACCUUCGGUACUGCGACCAAACGUUUGGCGGCAAGCUCAAGGUCGCGAUGAAAUUCAUGCGAAACGCGGACGAACACGCGCGGGAAGUGGAGACCCGCAACGGCCUCGACAUUCAGUUUGUCCUGGGGCUGCUGCCGGCGUUGCCACAACCGAUGUUCGACGCCAACGUCGGGACCCUCCACCUGCACGGCGGGGUCGCCAUGAAACAGUACCCGAACGUUCUCGUGAUGCCGGCCGCGGACCGGAGCCUCGAAGACAUUUUCCUCAAGGAACGACCGAACGACAACCAGAUCCGGAGCAUGCUCCAUGAAGUGGCGGCAGCGCUGCAGCACUUGCACGACCACGGCGUCGUCCACGGCGAUCUAAAAAAACUCAACAUCCUCCGCGUAAACCACCACAUGCGCGUGAUUGACAUGGACGCCGCGACGCCGAUCGGGAACCCCAUUGGAGCCAAGUUUAGCUCGGGCAGUUUGCCGCCUGAAAUGUUUUACCGACUGCAGGGCGACCGCGACGCGGCCGCCAUCGCGGCGCACUGGAACGACCAGGUCGACGCGAACCCCGAGUUGUGGGCCAAAGUUCAGCCUCGCCACCACUACUGCGUCAAGACCUUCCACGACGUAUCCGCCUCCACGACGUUACCAUUCAAGCCCGUCCUGGCAUCUCCUGCCAUCGACGUGUGGGCGUUUGGCGUUGUCAUGUACCAAAUGUACAGCGGCGUCGAGCUCGUUCCGACCGACAUCAACCAAGACGUGGACGAAUCCGGAAUCGUCCGCGCGGCGACGUGGACCGACGCCGACGUGGCCAAGCGGUUGAACAACAAAGUGAGCAACGCGCUGGCCCGCGACUUGAUCGCCAAGCUGCUGGUCGUCGACCCGGACGAUCGCAUCUCGGUCGCGGGGAUCCUGGCGCAUCCGUAUUUUGAAGUCAAGUACGACGACGCGUCUGGUCAGUUGUUGCUCGACAAGUUGGAUGCGCUCCACGUGCAAGUGGCGUCGGGAUUUCAAACCGUCGCGACGCGGCUGGACGAAGUCGUUUUCGUGACGAGGGAAACCCUCAAGGCGGUGGGCGAUGCCAAGACGGACUUGAUGCGAGGCAUCUUUGAAGCGACCGAAGUCGCGUUUCCGACGUCAUUUGUCGUGCUGCCCAUGGAUUUGACGACCCCUCCGUUGGUCGACGACGACGCAGAAGAUGUGCUCCGAGAUGUGACGUCGUUUGUUCAAAAAGGCAUCGACAUGGGCCACAACUUUAUGCACGCAGUCAAGCAAAACAAAGCGAUCGGGCGCGCGCUCCGCCUCGUCGGCCCGGGCGAACCCCUCUUCUUGUACCUCCUCGACGAGGUCCUCGGGCUUCCCGUCGUGCCGCCGCCGGGGUCGGUCUACCCGAUCCGCAUCGAAACCAAGUCGGACGAGUACACGCAGUUCAUGUCGGCCGCGAUGCCGUACCUUCAGACGGGGUUCCGCCUGCUCCAAGGCGUGAGCACGAUCGCGGGCCUUUUGUCGUGUCUUGGGCUGCCGUCGCUGGACCCUCGUGUGAUCGACGACUUGGGCGACCAAAUCGACAACGCCAAGAAAACGUCGUCCGUGUUUGACUUUGACGUGUUGCAGCGUGCGGUCGAGGACGAGGGCGUGCCGGUCCAGCACAUCCGUGGCGCUGCCCUUCGCGAACUCGAGCGAUUUUUCAAAAAGUAUGACCACGACAAAGACUACGCUGGGCUCUGCCGCACGUACGCGUCCAACGGACAAGCGCUGUGGACGACCCCGUUGACCGUGGCCACCAUGGAGCAGUCGCGCCCGACGAGCACGGCAGGGCUACAGCAAGCCAAACCGAUCGCCAACACCACCGGCGGCAAGACGGCGCAGCAGAUCUACAUCGACUUGCUCGCGCAAAACGAGAUGAUGCCAGAGCCACCGUCCCUCGCGACCGUCGUCGUGGGUGGCGUCCCGUCGAUGCUACCGGGAGGCAAAGCGCGGCCGGACGUCGACCGGCCCACCUGCUGCGGCAUGAUGUAGCUGGAUAAGCAGCGCUGUAUGGGCUGCUUGUACAUUGAACCGCUCCCGACUGGAUGUGCGUUGCAUGCAUCGAAACGAACGUAGUUUUCCUCCACACACGAAGGAGAACAGGUUUCGGUCUGGGUCCG